GCGGCCGGUGGGUGCGGGAGCGGGGCGGCCCCUCCGCCUCACGGGCAGCCGCGGGGACAUCGCUGCCUGCAGGGCGGCCGGCAGUCCUGGAUCCCACGAUGAGGAUGAUCGAGAGCGUGGACUCCGUGGUGACCCGGUCCAGCGAGGACCUCUGGGCUGAGAUCUGCUCCUGUCUGCCGCAUCCCGAGCACAAGGACGCCGGCGAUGCUUUCACAGACUCCUUCAUGGAUUCCUACGCCGAGGGCAGCGGAUCGGGUGGCUCUUCCCAACCUGCCCUGAAGCCCUGGGCACCCCUGAACGACUCAGAGGUGUAUUUAGCAUCCCUGGAGAGAAGACUGAUGAGGAUCAAAGGGCUGUCCCAGGAGGUGACCUCCAAGGACAUGCUGCGCACGCUGUCCCAGGCCAAGAAGGAAUGCUGGGACAGGUUCCUGCAGGAGAAGUUUGAGGCAGAAUGUUACGUUGAGGGCCACGAUGCUGACGAGAGCACGCUGGAGCACCUGAAGCGCUGGCUGCAGCCUGACAAGGUGGCCAUCAGCUCCGAGGAGGUGCAGUGCCUCAUCCCGCCCGAGCCGCAGCCCGAGAAGCCGGAGGCCGAGGAGGAGCCUCCGGCUGCCGAGCAGUGAGAGCCCCCUGGCCCUGCCUCUUGUCCCAGCCCCCAGGAGGAUGUACCAGCCAUAGGAAUAGCAGGAAGGGGGGCACAGAGCAAAUGGUCAGUCAUUGAAGAAGUAAUUUUUAAAAGAAAGAACCCCCAAGGCACCAAAUCCCAGCUCUGGAGCUCCACAGAACUCGUAGGGACGAGAGGGAACGCCUGUAACGCGGCUGAACCAAAACCUCACGUGGAUCUUGUCCAGCCUGCAGCCACCUCAUCAUUCCAGCCUGGACGUGGAUUGUUUGGAAUCCAUCAGGAGAACAACAACAACAACAACAAAAGCAGCUGUGGAGAAGCACCAGAAAACAUCACAGUCUAGAAUAGAGCAGAGAAACCACUGAAUCACUCUGGUCCUGUCUUUUACCUUUUCAUUACUCAGCUGGGCAUUUUUUUACUCUCUUGCCAAAUCCACUUUGGUGUUUUCUCCAGAUCUUCACUGUUUCAGUCUGACUUGGCCCCAGGCUGUGCCAGGAAGAAGAUGGAUAUUUCCCACCUCUGUGAAUUUGAGACCCUGUAGUCAGUAAAUUGAAGGUGUCAUUGACAUUGUAGCUAUUUCACAUUCUUCUCUGUAAUGUACCCCCUAAUAUCCCACUUUAUUGCCCAAAAUAUCUAUUACAGACUGUAGGGGGAGUAUUUUUCCUCUUGUUGGUCGUUUUGUACCUGUUCAGCCUCUCCAGAAAAAGAUCAGAUGAGAUUCUGUAUUGGGAAACCAAGAGGGGUAGCCAGGGAGGCUAUGAACAAUUUGUUUUCAUCACAGAAUUGCAUAGAAUUCUCCGACUUGAAAUAUAUUUAGUAUUUAAUUGGUUUUUUCACCCUGCUUAACUCUUCAAAGGGUUAUUUCCUUUUUCUAAUCCAAGAAUCUGUGAUAUUGUGCUGAUUUUUCGCUGAUCUGUGUGUUCUGCCUCGGCACCAACACUGGCGGUCGGUAGAGGGAAGCAGCACAGUCUGUCAGAGCUUCUUAGGGGAAAUUGUGGUUCUAGGAGUUAAUCCUCGCCGGAUUCAUGCCGUGUUCAUUUAAGUACCUGUUUGAAAAUACUUUUUUAGGAGUAAAUUUUUGCUGGAGCCUCCCAGUUUCCUGUCUCUGUACCCAAAUAGAGGCACUGCUCUCUUAGUCACCACAUCACAGCUCAGAGGUUGUUCCCACCAUCAGCUUUCCUGGUGUAACUCCCACCCCAGCUCACCUCCCAGAAAAGUCACACUCAGAAUUCUCCAUUAAAACAAUCCCUUGUUUUUUAAACCUUGAGGAAUGGGGUGAAUCAUCUGAGUGCCAGUGAUGCACAAGCCUCGUGUCUUGCUGGUUUGCUCAUUAAAUGUCCCUUUUAAUUUAUCCUUUAACUGUCCUCUAUUAUGUUGUCUGUGUCCUUGUGCAGAUGUCUCUCACCUGAUGUAACAAAGCUGCAGAACUCUGAGCUGUUCCCAGAAAUGGUUUGUGCAGAGACAGAAAGCAGCAAUUUCUCUGUCCCCAGCCUAUUUCCCAGUCAAUAAAAUUCUUCUUAUGGGUA